CGCAUUAUCCAGCCGCUGCGAAGAUAUCGUAGAAACUCACAGUUGAUCCCGGCUCGUACGCAGGCCACCCUCCAACCCUCUGAUAGAGGCUGCCCCUGAUCUUGAGCCAUCUUUUGAGAGUUUUUUGGUGCUCACCAGAAUAUGCUUGUGAGGGUUCCUCGACUACAGGCCCCCUCUGCUGGAUGACCGUGAAGAGGAACCGCAAACCGUCAAACCGUCGUGAAGGGCGUGAAGCCUAACAGUAACUCUACACAGUAACCUCUAUUGCCGUUCGAUGAUUUGAUCAGUAGGUGACACAAACACGAAUGUUGACGCGUCGGAGAUGGUGGGUUUCGCACGUAUAUGAAACUGUACCAACCGAGUCGCCGACAUGCAUGGCAUCCAAACAUCCUUGAGAUGACAAGGCGCAGUGCUCUUCGAACGCCAAGAUGAGAACCUGACCACUCAAUGCGUGCUUACAAUAGGUAUACUGUACUCAAGACCAGUCAAGUGUCAAAUACAACUGCCCAGCCUGGUGCUGCUGCAAACCAUCUUUUUGCUUGUGUCCCAACAGCCACAAUGACCAGUGUCCGCAACUCGACAUAUUCAAUGCACAGUGUGGCUGAUGCUCACCUAUUGGCAAUGCUGGAUGGCAAGCAAGACGAGUGCGGACUCGCGACCCAAGUCUCCAGACUCUCGGCAUUCUUUCCCACAAAGCUUCUGGAAACAAUUUUGAUCGUUCCAGGCACUUCGCGCUGCAAGGAUGAGACCGACAUGUCUGGAAACAGGCUAUCAGCAACCUCAUUCGAUGACAUGCAGAGAUCAAUCCAAGUCAUUGGACUCCCAAAACCUGAGAGGUCAAAGUCCAGGCUGAAACUCUCUUCCGAGUCUGAACGCAUCAUCGAGGACGCGGCAGAUGAUGAUCUUUUUCAAGACCAGGAUUACGACCCUGAACCACAGAUGCAAUACUUGGCACCUGAUAAAGGGGUGGUCGCGUUUACGCCCAAGCACCGUCAGCAAGGCUGUGGAUAUCGUCACCCACCGUACUCUGGACCGUGUGUGAGAACCAACUGUUGUGGUUAUGGUGGAGGAUAUCGUGCUCCUCAGCGACCGCCGCCGGCUUACUUUCCAGGGUGCAGACGGCAACGAAGGUGUGGAGGUGGAUAUUACAAUGGUACAGGUGGCUAUGGGUAUGGCAGAGGUGGGCAUCCAGGUUGCGGUGUGCUUUAUGCCCAAAGGCCGAUACUUAUCCGACGGCAUCGCGGUUGUUGCUGUUGUUGACGAUUUUUGGUCAGGGCAGAGCCUCGGGCUUAGAACUGAACUGGAGGCCCAGUGGAGCUGAUUGUUGGCGAUAGAAUAGGCGGGACGGCCUCCGGUAUCUUGUUGACAGAAUCUAGCCCUCACCCCUUGAGUCAGUGAUCUUCAAGAUCUUUGGUACAGUUCAUUAAGUCGUGUUACGCGAAUUAGGUGGGGUUGUGAUGAGCCGCGAUCAAUGCCGGCCUUAUAUUGAAUCGCAUGAAUUGAUCCAUAGAAUCGCUGAUAUGCCGUCACACAGUGGCCCAUGAGCUCCGUGCAACAUGGCCAACACCUGGUUGGGACUUUCUAGAAGCA